UGAGAAGAAGAGGGAGUGAAGCGAUCGAUGGAGACGCAAAGUGGUGCGGUUGCGGGUGCAGCAGCGACGACGGCGGAGCAGGCAUUGAUGGAAAAGAGCGAGGAGAAGAAUAAGAAGAAGAUGAAAGUGAUGGUGGCGAUCGACGAGAGCGAUGGGAGCUUCUACGCGCUGAAGUGGGCGCUUGAUCACCUCUUUGGGUCUAUGGGUAUUGCGCCGGAGACGAACCCGGAAGAGGUGGGCACGGUCGUGAUGGUUCAUGUUCAGCAGCCCUUCCAGCAAUACGUCUUCCCGGCUGGGCCCGGGGGAGCCGCUUUUUAUGCAACAUCUACGGUAGUGGAGUCUGUGAGGAAAGCCCAGGAAGAAAAUGCUGCAGCAAUACUCUCACGUGCAUUACAGAUGUCCAAAGAUCAUAAGAUGGUGAAAGCUGAGACCCUAAUUCUUAAUGGGGAGCCGAAAGACAUGAUUUGCCAGGCUGCAGAGCAAAUGAAGGUUGAUCUCCUGGUAGUAGGUAGCCGUGGCCUUGGCACCCUCAAAAGGGCAUUCUUAGGAAGUGUAAGCGACUACUGUGCACAUCAUGCAAAAUGCCCCAUCCUGAUCGUGAAGCCACCGACGUUGGAGUCUACCAAGUAGUUAUUUAUGAUAUUUCUAGCUAUGUGCUCAAAAUGUUUACUAUAUUUUCUUGUUUAACUAUUGUGCAUAAAAACUAUCUGUAAAAAUUGGUGUAUGAUAUAGUCCAAUAAUGUCAAGUUUCGUCAUUUGAAGAAAGUGAGCUCUUGAUAACCUGCUGUGAUGCAUUUGGUAAACAC